GAUUAGGAUAUCGAGCCAUCUGCAUCCUCGCCGUCAGGCAACAAGACCAAGAGUCACAGUCACUUCUUACAAGCACUACCGUCCGCGCUCGCUAAUUUGAUGCCUCGUGUACGCACCCUUGACAUCUGGGAUGGAAGACUUCGUUUCGUCCGCCCGGAUUUCUUCCUCGCCCUGUCGAGGAUCAAGUCUGUCAAGUCGUUGAUGCUUUUCGAUUGCCAACUGAGCAACGUGACGCAGCUGCGGCGGAUUGUGUCUGCCUUCCCCCGGCUUGCACACCUCACGGUGCAAAAUCUUGAUUUUGCUCAGCAAGAUGCUGCCAGCUACGCGGGAGCCUCACUAUUUCAAGCACCAUCUCACACUCGUCUUCGACGUCUUGAGGUCCGCGUGGAACAUGAACAGAUGGUGAUGUUCCUCGACUGGAUAACACGCUCAGGCCUCUGCACCUCACUUGCGGAUCUGUCAAUCUCCACAAACUAUUCCACCCCAGCCCCGACACCCCUGAACCGACUCCUGGAAACGACGGGCGCAUCGUUGACCCGUUUUGACGAGGAUCACUAUGGGUUGGAUCCCUGUAAGACUGCCUUUGGCUUGCGUACAGACUUCGCCACUGAUGCACAUGCGCAAUGUAGGGCCUCACGGAAAUCUGCUGCACAACACCAACUUGCAGACCUUGGAUUUCAGGCUGUAUCGCAUCACUCACGAUGAUAAAUCCCAGAGGCGUCCGAGUCACGCGGCGUGGACUGAGGCAACACGCGAGUUACAUGGCGUCUUCUCCUCCAUCCGAAGCCGUCGGCUCGAGCACAUCGAGGUCGCCGUUGGAAUUCAGGUCAUGCACAGUACUCUUGAGCCUGCGCAGCCCAACGACGUCCUCGA